AUGGAAAACCUAUGUGGGCUCAUUAAUGUACACAAAGAGUAUGAUUUACAAAAAAAAAUAAUCGAAUUUAGAAAGGCAUUCAUAAAUAUAUACAACAUUAAAACAUUUUAUGGUAUGAUGCUAAAAUUAAAAAAUAGCUACCCCAGACAUAAAAAAAAAAAAAUUGAUAAACUUUGGAUAGAAUAUAAAAAAGAGCAUUUUACUAAACAAUAUAAAGAUGACAUUAUUUUUUACGAAUUAAAUAAAAACUUAUAUUUUUUGCAAAAAGAAAUUAUAAAUAGAUAUUUAUUUAAUUUUAAUAUUUGCAAUUCUAAUUAUAUUAUUCAGGAUGAAGACACUUAUUUGUAUUUUUUGUUCUAUAGAUUUUGUCGUAUGUGUGCAAAACAUUGGGAGAAAAAGGGAGAGCGAAAAAAUAAUAUAUAUAAAAGGAAAGAUUUUUUAAACAAUUUUUGGAUAGAUCAAUUUCUUAAAUUUAUAAUUAAAAUAAAUCCAAAUUAUUAUAAAAAAAAUAUUUAUUUUCAGUCCAUAAAACAUGACUUAAAAAAAUAUAUAAGUAAUGAAAAAUGCUCGAUGAAAAUUCAAUAUGAGAACCAAAGAAUGGAAAAACCACAUAAACCGUAUUUUGUGUGUAUGUCAAAUUAUAGUAAACAACAUUGGAAUAUAUGUAAUUAUAAAAAUGGAAGGCUAUACUACUAUAAGGCCAACUAUCACACACCUAAUAAUAUGUUUAUGAACAUGGUAAUAAGUAAACAGCUUAAUAAUAAUCAUAAAAAAAAAACUUUAAUUAUAGACAUCGAUAAAACAAAAAGAUUAAUUCAAAAAUAUAUAUACAACGAUUUAUAUUUUAAUGUUAUACAUUCUAUUUACCAUAGUUUGAUUAAUAAAAAUGUAGAGUUGAUAACUGAUUGUGUGUAUAAAGAAAUAUUAUUAGACAUCGAAAACUUAAAAAAUGGGGAGGAAAUAUAUGAUUGGUUGGAAACUAGCUAUUUAUUGAUACUUGAUAAGUUAAAAAAGUAUGAACAUGUUCAGAAAAAAAAUAGACAUGAUUUAUAUAAUGAAAAUAUAACAGACAUAUUUUUAGUAGCCUUUAAAGAUAUUUUUAUUUUAUUUUCUACCUAUGACAAAUGUGUGAAUAAUAAAAUAAAGUCUAAUGAUAUAGUUUUAUUCAAUUAUAUAAAACCCAUAUUAAGAGAAAACAUCGAAAAUAUGUUUUAUUUAACUGUAGUAAAUAUUAACAAAAUUUAUGAACACAUGACAUUUAAAUAUUUAUUUUAUUUGUUCUUUUUAUAUUUCAUUAUACUAGAUAUAUGUCCAUAUUUUUAUAUUUCACAAAUAUUUAAUGACAAAUUAAGGGAUGAUGAAAAAGAAAUUUAUAAAUAUUUUUUAAUGAAAUACGAGAAAAAAAAGGAGAAAAACAUCGUUAUAGAAAAAAACCUUUGCAGAGACUCACCAAAUAAUGAUUACAAUGAAACAGUAGAUGAGACAAGUUAUAUUGUAUGUUUUUUUUGCUCCUAUGGUUUACUAAAAAAGGAUAAAAAUAUAGAUCUACAAAUGAAAAAAAAAAUGCUUGUUCUUUUAGUAAUGAACAUUGUGCAGGUACACUAUAGACAAACCGCCAAUGAAAUAAGAAUAAUGAAAGAAAUGGAUAUGUUGAAUUUGAAAAAGAGACAAUUUUCCUUUCUCUGUUCUUAUUUUGAUAUAUUUAUUAAUAAUUUAUUUUUUUCCGAAAAAUGUAACUUUUCAUUUGCUAAGUUGGGUAAUGUGAAAACAUGUUAUGCACACCCAAAAACACACAGUUGUUAUUUUAUAAAAAAUAAAAAUAAAAUAAAAAAUAAUUUCAGACAAAAAUUAAAAAAAAUGAAUAAAAAAUGUAUAUAUUUAGCUAAUUUGAAUAAAGCAAUAAAUGUGAAAGACAACAAAAUAACAAAUAAAUGGACUGAGGAAAUAAAAAUGAACAAUACAAUAUGUACAUGUUCAUAUGAAAAUAAUUUAUAUAACUUUGUGAAUGAAAAGAUAAAAAUAUUUUUGGAUAAUUUCAAAACUUUUUUAUUUUAUUUUUUAGAUAAGUUAUAUAGAACAAGUAUUAUGCAUAUAAAUUUGUACACCUAUUUAUUUAUGAUACGUUUUUCACUUUUAUUGUCACGCCAAAAUUGUGAGGAUAAAAAAAGUUUACAAAAUAUAAGAGAAGAGAAAAUAUGCAAGUAUCGUCAAAAAAUAUCAAAUAUAGGGAAAAGAAAAAAAUAUAGGGAACUUAGUAAAAAUUUAAAUACAUUUUAUAGAAAAAUAUAUUUACAGACAUAUUACAAAUUAUUAAAUAUCAUAUACAAUGAUGAAGAGAAAAAAAUAAUUUUACAAAAAUUAAAAAAUUUCAAAAUAAAAAUUAUUAAGCUACUUUUUUAUUUAAAGAAAAAUAUAUUUACAUAUAAUAGAUUAAAUCUUCAAAUAUUAUUUAAAUUGCAAAAUAUAAUAAAUGUGUAUAAACAUAACCAUAUGAGAAAAAAUAUAAUAAAUAAUAUUGGUGUUGUAGGAAAAGAGAGUUGUCAUAUUAUAUAUAGAAAGAUCAAAUUAUUUGGUGCUUUAUAUUCUUUUUUUUUUAAAAGAAGAAUAAAUUUUAGUUUCGAAAAUAGACAAAAUAAAAUAGACAGAAAAUGUUGGCUUAAUUUAAUAGCCAAUCGAAAUAUAACAAAUAAUAGAAAUGAUUGUAUUUUAGAAAAAUAUAUAAACAUAAUAUAUAAAAAUGUAAAAAUUUUAUUUCCAAAUAUUUAUAUACACAUUAAUAAUAAUGAUUUUGAUAUGCAAGCAAAAAAAGAUUUUAUAUUUUUGAAUUUGAAAAAUAAGGUCAAUAAUUCAUGGAAAGAAAAUAUAUAUUACGAAUUUAAUGGAAAAAAAUAUACUGUUUUCGAAAAUAUAUAUAAUUUAAAAAAAACCUAUAAAAUAAAAUAUAUUAACCUGUGCAUAUUAUUUCAUAGAUAUUGUUUUUUUUUUUAUAAUUAUAACCCCUUAAUUUUUUCAUACUUGUUCAACCAUAUAUAUUGUAUGUGCAUAGAAUGUGUAGAAAAAUAUUUAAUUGUAGGGAAUAGUUGUGUAAAAAAAGAUAAAAACAGAAAGAAAAAUGAUCAUGAUUGUUUUUAUAAGCAAAAUGGAAUUUUAAUUAAAAACAGAAACAAUAUGCUUGUACAAAAUUUCUAUUAUUUGACGUUAUUCUUAUUAAUGAGGUAUCACACCUUGAUAGGAAGUGCAAAGCAUUCUGGAUUGCAGAGUUGUAUUCCAAAGAGAGUAAUGACAUUAUUGUAUAAGGAGUUGAAAGUAGAGAGGGAAUGCUUUUCAUCCCCAUUUAAUGCAAUUUUACAAAAAUAUUGUUCUUUUUUUCCUGAUAUAGAUAUUUUUUUUGGAAGUACAGGAAACUUUUUUAAUUUUAAUUUUCAAAAUGGAGUUUAUGAAGUUAAUCCACCAUUUGACAUAUUCCUAAUUAAUAAAUUAAUCGUAUAUAUUUUACACAAUUUGAAAAAGGAAGAAUAUGAACUAACUUUUUUUGUAAUUAUUCCAUUGAUCAAUGAUAAAAAUUAUUUCUACGAAUUAUUAUUAUCUUCUCCUUAUUUGUCGAGUUUCUUUUUACUAAAACGUGAUUUGUACACAUUUUCGACAAGUUUGUUUGAGACUAGGGAAGAAGAAUAUAUUUCGAAUUGUGAUUGUUUUGUGUUCAUUUUGCAAAACGCAAAAGCGAAGAUUAAAAAAGUGAUUGAUCAUAACACCAUGUUAAAAAUAAAAAAAUCAUGGGAAAAUAUUCAUCAUAUUAAACAAAAAAAUUAA